UCAACAAACAAAAAAAAUAUCAUAACUUGGCCGCACAGUUAUAACAGUUUAGCAGUGACAAGCAAACGCGAUGACGAAUCAAAGAUGUAAUCAAAUCAACUAAACAGCUAACGAAACACUGAUAAUCCGCGUAAUAAAACAGUUCACGAUAAAUCCAUAUUUCAAAAAAUUCAGUGACUUGGACUAUGGAUGAUGAAGAUGGAAGUGAGUCUGCUGUAACUGCUGAAUCCAUAUAUGAUGAAUUUCUUGCAACCACAGACUUAAUGCCAACACUCACUGUUUUUUAUAAAUUGUGUAAACAACUUGAUAUUAAUCCUAAAAACAACAAAACUAUAUUCACAUCAUUAAAGGCAAAGUUAAAGUCUUGGAAAUGUCAAACAUUAUUCAACAAAUUAGAGAAAAAAAGUAAACAUGUUGACUAUAAGAAUAAGCCAUGUGCUAAAAAUAAAGUUUUGAUAAUUGGUGCUGGACCAGUUGGACUCCGUACAGCUGUGGAGAUUGCACUGUUAGGUGCUCAUGUUAUUGUCAUUGAAAAAAGAGACAGCUUUUCUAGAAAUAAUGUUUUGCAUUUGUGGCCUUUUUUAAUUGUUGAUUUAAAAGCCAUUGGAGUUAAAUCUUUCUUUGGAAAGUUUUGUGCUGGUUCUUUGGAUCAUAUUAGUAUUCGGAGGCUGCAGUGCAUUUUGUUAAAGAUCUGUUUACUAUUGGGUGUUCAAGUGUUCCCAAAAACCUUGUUUACAGAUCUUGUAGAACCGAAUGAAGGAAAAGGAUGGUAUGCAAAAAUCAAGCCGCCAUCUUCACCAUUGAAUGCUUUUGAAUUUGAUGUUAUUGUUGCCUGUGAUGGCAAGAACAAUUCAUUAAAGUUUAAACGGAAAGAAUUUCGAGGGAAGUUAGCUAUUGCUAUCACUUGUAAUUUUGUAAAUAAACAAACCAGUGAAGAGGCAAGAGUUGAAGAGAUCAGUGGUGUAGCUUUUAUAUAUAACCAAGAAUUUUUUCAUCAACUUACUGAACGCACAGGAGUUGAAUUGGAAAAUAUUGUAUACUAUAAGGGUGAAACUCAUUAUUUUGUCAUGACUGCGAAGAAGAAAAGUCUACUGAAUAAAGGUGUAAUAAAACAGGACAGUAAAGACGUAUUUGAAUUGUUAUCAUCAGGUAAUAUUAGUCAUCAGGCCUUGUUACAAUAUGCAAAAGAAGCUGCUGAUUUCUCAACGAAGUAUCAGUUGCCUCACCACGAAUUUGCUUUAAACCACCAGGGUAAAGAGGAUGUUGCUAUGUUUGACUUCACUUCAAUUCAUCAGGCGGAAAGUUCUUCAAAGAUUUUGGAAAGAAAGGGGAAAAGGUUGCUAAUGUGCAUUGCAGGCGAUGUGCUCUUAGAACCUUUCUGGCCAACUGGCUCUGGAUGUGCUCGAGGAUUUCUUGGAGCAUUUGAUGCUGCCUGGAUGAUAAGAGGAUUUGGUUUAGGUCGCGAGUCACUGGACUUGAUACAAGAAAGGGAGAGUAUCUUCAAAGAUCUCCCUCAAACCAAGCCGAGUUCACUGAUACGGUUCCAUGAUAAAUAUUCAAUAAACCCUGCAACUAGGUAUUUAAAUUUAAAUGCACGUCGUGUACAGAAGGACCAAAUAAAACAUUUGUUAGAUGCGUCAGAUGGAACAGUUGACUUAGAAAAUUGGGCAUCAAAAGAACCAAUUAAAGAAUCAUCGAAACCAGUCAAAGUGAAGAAAAAGGAAGUUGAUCCCAACACACUUUUAAAAUGGUGUAAAGAGCAGACAGCAGACUACCCUAACGUUGAAGUAAUUAACAUGAGUUCGUCCUGGCGAAGUGGGCUAGCAUUCUGUGCUAUUAUACAUCGCUAUAGACCACAUUUGAUUGAUUAUUUCGCAUUGGAUCCCAAUGACGUUGAAGGGAAUUGUGAAAUGGCUUUUUCAGUUGCAGAAGAGCACCUUGGCAUACCUCCAAAAAUAUCUGGACACGAUUUAGCUACACAGAAAAAUGCUGACAUACUUGCUAUUAUGGCUUAUGUGUCAUUGUAUUAUGAAGCUUUAAGUAACGAAACGCCAGUUUUUGUUUUUAACAACAACAUAACCAAACCCGAAAAAGAAGAAGUAUUGAAAUUGCCAAGCCCACGUGUGCCAGUUGAACCAAUCAGACCAAUACCAAGAAGUCCAAAGCGUUUUGGCUUCAGGGUAGCAAUAGUCUCGAAGAAAAGCGUUAAGGCGGUACAAUUGAAAGAUGGAAAGCCAGCUGACACACUACCAUCUAAGACACCAACAUCAAAAAUGUCAAUCCUUACGAAGCUAUCGAGAAGAUCAAAGAAAACAAAACUAAGAAAGAAAUCGAAGAAAGAUAAAGAAAACAAGCUGCUGACAACCGACGAUAAAAAUAUCAUGUUAAAAUCAUUUGAGCGAGCACAUCUCAGCAAUGGAAAUAUUUCUCAUUCUGACCAAAGUGGACUUUCAUCAAGUGAUAGCAGUCCGACUAAAACGCAUUUUCCAGCAUCACCUAUCGAUGUUAAUAAUUUGGUAGCACGAACUUCUGAGAGGGAUAGAAAAAAGAAUGAAGAAAAUACGGAAUUGAGGAAUGGAAUCAACCCUUCAACUGGGCAGGAUAAAUUUAAAAGAAUUUCUCAAUUAGCUGAAGCUGUGUUUGGCGAUACGAUAGUUCAAAGUACUGGUCAGGCGCGUGAAGCUCAACCAAGAGAAAAUCUAACAGAGAGUGAGAAAUGUCACUUUUGUUCAAGAAAAGUCUACGUCAUGGAGCGCCAAUCAGCCGAAGGUUUAUUUUUCCACCGAAAAUGUUUUCGGUGCUGUGUUUGUAAAUGUCAGCUGUUGCUUGGCAACUACGCCUUUUUUGACGAUGACGACACAGAGGGGAGCUUCUACUGCAAGAUGCAUUACAACAGGUUGAUUUAUAAAACGGAGGAGACGACACCAGCGAAGAAAGUGUCAGAUAGACGAAGGCGUCCUCUCACGCAAAUUAUAGAGAAAAGCGAUGUUAGCGAGGCCUUUAGAAAGAAAUCGACGGAGGAGAUCGAACUUUCUCCUAAAUUUUCACGUCAAGUCCGUGAUAUUCAGGCUAAGCUAAAAGAGAAUCUUCCCGAGAUUGAAGUAAAGCAACAACCAAACAAGACACGUUGUUCAUCAAAUCUCACGAUGCCGGAAAAUGUUGACGGUAAGCCUGACGAACAGUUGGAAGAUGCUGGACCUUACGAUAAAUUCGCCGCGAGGUCACUGCUAGAUAGGCAUCCAAGUAUUACCAAAUGUUCACCACAGAAAGUCAAAACAAGCAGUUUCUUUACAGCUUCGAAAUUCAGCGUGUCAACACCAAACUUGACAAAACUUAUUCAGGAAGACUCCAUGUUUGAAAAGGAACGAAAUGAACACGUUGAAAAACUCAGUUAUUCAUAUAGCAGAAAGAAGUUAGCUUUGAGUGAAGAGCUGGUUCAACAAGACAAUGUUUUACCGGAACAGAUAAAGGUCAGAAAGAGGCUAUUGGUACCAGACGAUUUAAAAUCGCAAAAUGAUAACGACGAUGAAAAUUCGGCCUGGCUGCGCGAUACUUACGGCAGUGAACUGUAUCGUGAAAGGAAUAAUAGUUUUAAAGUUACGCGACAAGACAGCAUUGGCGCCGUACAGAGGAGGCCUAUGGAAGAACGGCGAGCGCAGUAUCCUGUGUCGAUGGCAUUUAGCGAAGGCUUGCGUGCGGCUGGCUUUAAGCCGCUCUCGAUUGCUAUUGACAUCGAUGACAUGUCUGAAGACAUUCCACCCCCUGCAGAAGAGGCCAAACCAAAGAAAAAGAAGAAACUUGUCUUAAAGAAGAAGAAGAAAGAAAAGAAAGUUACAAAAGAAGACAUCAUAGAAGAACAAGACGAAGAAGGUCAAGUUUGGCCAAAGAAAGUGAAUACUUCUAAAGACAGACGAAAAUCAUUCGAGAAGUCGAUUGAAAAAUCGACUGAAAAAUCACCCAAACUGGCGAAAUUUUCACCGCUGGGUAAAGGUAAAGAAAAGAAAAAGAAACAGCAACAAAGAGAUGACGAUUGGGUGUUAGUCAAAGCUGGUGAGUAUCCAAAAAGCGAAGAGGAGAUGUUAUCUGACUCCACAUCAAGUGAAGAAGAGGAACCUGAGGAAAAACAAGUAGGUCUCCUCAGAAGAGCACUUGGCAAAAAAACAAAGAAGAGACAGUUAACUGAUAAGGAACUAACGUUGCUCGAAGAAAAAAAGAAGAGAAAAGAAAAAAAGAAAAUCGAGAAAGAACUGAAAGAGAGACAAACGAAGCGUUUAUGGGAGGCACAGUCUAUACAACGCAAACUCAAUGAGGUGGAUGUGAAACAGUUCGAACUUGAAGAACGCGCUAGACAGGUUGAGAAGGACUUGCAGGAUGAAACGAUGCCGGAAGAAAGAAUCAACAGCUUUAUGUUUGAAUGGUUUCAUCUUGUCAACGAAAAAAAUACCUUGCUUAGGUUUGAGUCUGAACUCGUUAUUCAAUCCAAUUCGAUCCAACUCGAAGAUAGACAGGCACGGUUGGAGCAACAGAUCAGAGACCUGCUUACUUGUGAACGACCAAAGCCUAACUCACACGACGAGAUCGACCGACUUACGAAAGAACUCGUUGACACAGUGGAGCAAAGAAACGCGCUCGUUGAGUUACUCGAAGAAGAUCGUCUAAGGGAAAUGGAAGAGGACAAGAACUUAAAAGAAAUAUUUGCUAACAAAGCUCAUGACCUCGGCAUGGAUAGAUUGAUAUAAUCGAGUUUCAUUUGAGAAAACAAAGACAAUAAAACAGAUCACAGAUAUGUAUACUGCACUACGUUUGGUAUUGUCAGUACCAUCAUUUAUAUUCUUCGCGAUCCACACAAAUUCAACGCACGGUAAAUCAAUCGUACACCCUUUAUGAUUGUUUAUGUUGUUUUAUAAAUUGCUGAAAAAAGAGAUGCUUCUAAUAAAGCUUGGCUUC